AUGGCGAGCGGAUUUGUUACUGAAACGGAGCUCGCAGAAGCUCGCCGUAAGCGGCAGGAAGAAUGGGAAAAAGUCAGAACAGCCGACCAACCGAUAGAGGCCCCGGAGGAGGAGUACGACCCCAGAUCGCUAUAUGAAAGGCUGCAGGAGCAGAAACAGAAGAAGGAUAGCGAGUUCGAGGAGGCUCACAAGCUCAAAAAUAUGAUCAAAGGUUUGGAUGAUGAUGAGGUUGAGUUUCUGGAUUUGGUUGACAAAAAUCGUAUGCAGGCGGAACGGCAAGCACACAUGGAAGAGCAAAAAAUGUUAAACGAGUUCCGUGAAAAGGUGGCAACUCUUCAAGAGAAACAGUUGGACGAGCAAAUACAGCAGCAUGUUUCGAAACCAAAACCCGCGAAGCCUUCCAUGAGCAGUAAUCGAUUGAGUCAGAAGCAAAUAUUGGCAGGAGUUGUAAGGAAGCGAAAACUGGAACCCGAUAACAACCAGAGCGAGUCCAAAAACGCAUCUGAGAAACCUGGCAGCGAAGAACCAGCGAAGGCUGCAAACAACACAACGAACGCCGCCCAACAAGAUCCUGCCGACGAUAAACCUAAACGUCCAAAUAUGGCCAUGCGUGUCAUCGGCAUACUACCAGGCAUGGGAUCGUACAACUACGAUGAUGACGAUUCCGAUUCCGACAAUAGCUCAAAUGAUUCGGAAGUAGAUACCAGCCAAGAAUACGAUUGGAUUGGACGAAAGAUUCGUAAAACUUGUGAUGGUAAAUGA